CUUUCAUAGAUGUGGGCCAAGGGCCUAGUUACAACUCAGUGCACUCAAAAUGAUUACACUCAUGGGGAAACAAGUUGGAAAAUUUGAGUUUGCUAGAAUUUUCCUGGUGACAUGACUUUAGGCUAACAGCGGGCCUUACGUUCAACCUUAAUUGGUAGGCAUACCUGAAGCCUGCAACCCAACUACAAUCUUGUUUCCAUCAUCUGUUGUGAUAAGUCAAGAAUGGAGGCAGUGACAAUGGAUCAGGACAUGGAUGAGACUCAAGGCGACAUUUGUCGGGUAUGUCGAACUGAAGGGGCACCUGAUCGUCCUCUGUAUCACCCAUGUGUUUGCACAGGCAGCAUCAAGUUCAUUCAUCAGGACUGCCUCACAGUCUGGCUCAAGUAUAGCAAAAGAGACUUUUGUGAAGUCUGCAAUCACUAUUUCACCUUCAUGCCCAUCUAUUCCCCUGAUAUGCCGAAGACAUUGCCUGUGAAGGACAUCUUCAAAGGAAUCUUGAAGCAUGCCAUCAAGGCCAUCCGGUUCUGGUUUCAUUACACACUGGUUGGCAUAGCAUGGCUUGGAGUUGUCCCCCUGACUGCCUGUCGAAUCUACAGGAGCCUCUUUACUGGGUCUGUCAGUUCGGUCCUGACAUUGCCCCUCGACAUGCUCUCAACAGAGAACCUGGCCCUGGACAUCCUGCAUGGAUUUGUGGUGGUUACAUUCUCUCUCUGUGUGUUCAUCGGACUGGUCUGGUUGAGGGAGCAAAUUCUUCAUGGACAGGAGGGAGUCCCUGUUGCUCCACCACCUCCACCACCCAACCCCAUCCAAGCCCAACCUCCUGGACUUGAAGACAAUGAGGCCAUGCAACCUGCUGUACCACCUCCUCCUGAGGUGCAUGAGGAUAACAUCCAACAGGUAAAUGCUGGGCAGGGGAUGCAGGCACCUGCUGAAGAUGAAGGGAGAGUGAGAGACAUUCAGGUGCAACGUCAUGUCCAAGCCCCACAAAGACGAUUGGUUCAAGGUCAGGGUCAAGGGGAAAUGGGGGUGAUGGAAGACAACAACUGGAAUUUCAUGGCCUGGGAUCAUGCUGCAGAAGAACUGACUUGGGAGCGGCUCCUUGGACUGGAUGGCUCUCUUGUCUUUUUGGAGCAUGUCUUCUGGGUCGUCUCUCUCAACACAUUCUUCAUCCUUGUCUUUGCAUUCUGUCCAUAUCAUGUGGGACAUUUCACAUUGGUUGGUUUCCGAUUUGAUCACCUUGCCAGACUGACACAUUUUGAAGGACUGGUCACAACCCUGUGUGGGUACAUCGUCAUUGGGCUAUGCACUGUCCUCCUCAAGGCUUUUGCUGGAGUAUUCCAUUUUGAUAGAGGGCAGAAGAUGCUGGGACUGACUUACGUAGUGAUGAAGGUGUCCCUCCUGUGCAUGGCUGAAGUAGGGCUCUUCCCCCUCCUCUGUGGUUGGUGGAUUGACCUCUGCUCCCUUCCACUCCUUGAUGCCACCCUCAAGUGGAGAAUGGAGCAAUUCCAGAUGGCUCCAUUCACAGUGAUGUUCUUUCACUGGAUGGCUGGGAUUGUAUUUGUGUUCUACAUGGCCAGCUUCAUCCUGGUCUUACGAGAAGUCCUUCGUCCUGGUGUCCUCUGGUUUGUGCGCAACCUCAAUGACCCUGACUUCAACCCCAUCCAGGAAAUGAUUCACCUCUCGGUUCUCUCACAUGUGCGGCGAUACAUGGCGAGCAUAGUGAUAUUUGGCACCAUCAUAUUUUUUCUCUUCUGGUGUCCAUCACAGAUCAUCAAGUCUAUUUGUCCCUCUUUCCUUCCAUAUGCUGUCAAUCCUCAGAGCAAUGACUGGGUGAGCGUGAGUGGGGAUUCCCUGCUAGAGCUUAUGUUCCUGCAAGUGAUCUUGCCUGCACUGCUGGAGCAGAGCCACAUUCGCUCAUGGAGUCGAUCCCUGGUCAGGAUGUGGGCCACAUGCCUUGCAUGGAUCCUUGGCAUCCACUCCUAUCUCCUUGGGGAUCCCACCAAUGCGAAUCCUACCAGGCAGCAUCCUCAGGGGAGGAGGCCAGGGCGAGCAGGAAGACAGAACAAUGUUGUGGUGGAAGGAGAGGGACAUGGUGAAGGAGUCAUUGAGGUUCAUCAGGAAGGUGUUGUCUACUUUAGACCCUCAUGCUUCCCACUUAGGGGCUGCACCGACGUAUUGACAACCACAGAGAUUUGCCUCUGGUGUUGCACCAUUGAUGCCAUGGCUACGGUGGUGAUCCUCGUGGUGCUAACUUUUUGCUCCUUCACCUUGGCCAGCCUUUUCCUCAUGACUGUCCCUGUGAUGCUAGGGAGACAAGUGGCACAACCUUGGUUUGGAGGAUCCCGAAUCCAUGAGCUGUUCACUUUCUUCAUCGGUCUCUACCUCUGUUGGCUGGCUGUCCAUGGCUUCUCUUUCCUGCAUACCUGGUUCCCCCUUGGUUGGAACGAAUUUUCCUCUAAGCUCAAGCACACCACACUGAUUGGCUUAAAAUGCUUGGGAGCAUCCAGCCUCCUCUUGGGGGUCAUCCCAUACCUGUAUGGACUCCUGCUUGAACUGGUCUUGGUCGUCCCUCUUCGAGUCUCCCUUCAUCAGACUCCUAUCUUUUCCUUCUGGGGGAUGUGGGCAAUGGGAAUCCUGUACACAAAGAUUAGUAUUGCUGUGACAAUGAUGUGCCCCAACUGGAGGAUGAAGACAGUCCUGGAGCAGGUGUAUCAAGAUGGGAUCUGGAAUCUCAACUUGGGUCUCAUUGUGUGGGACCUGGCUGUGCCAGUCAUUGCAGGCCAGGGCUUGGCUCUUGCAGCUCCAUAUGCCCUUGCCCGUUCUAUCAUCCCCUGCUUUGUGACAAAUGUGUCUCUGCUCCAUGCUAUAUCCCGCCGCAUCUACCCCUUCACCCUGAGUAUGAUUCUCAGCAUCCUUGUCAUAAGCCACCAAUUCAAGCAGUUCUCACGCCUUGUGGAACACAUCAAGAAUGAAAGGUAUCUGGUAGGAAGACGACUGGUGAACUACGACCCACAUUCUGGUCCCCGUCAGCGAGCUGUCUCGGCAUUGUGAAAUCCCAGGAUCGGUCCUGUUGUCUCUCUUUUCCCCUCAGUCUCGCACUCUUCAAUUUGGUCUUAGAAUAAAAGUCUACUGGCCAAUGGAAGAUACUGCCAUGCAGGAGAGGUCCUGAUGUGAUAGGUCAAAGUGAUCCUUGCGUUUUUGAGUCUCUGUGUACUAAAAUUAUGUACACAAGCUUACCCUUUUCUCUCUCUCCUCUUUCUCUCUCCAAUGGUGAGAUUUUCCUCCUCGAAGCGGAAUGGAAUGGAGUGGUUGGAUCCCUUCCCAUCUCUGUACCCCCAGAAAGUUUCAUGUGAAAGACAAAUAAGACGUACAUUACUUAUGUGAUAA